CGGAAGUGCAAGCAGCCAUCUUAGCAAAUAUUCGGAUCAACGUAUUUCGUUUUUACGCCUUAACGUCAUUAAGUAAAGAUCUUAAUACAGUUUAUCACUUUCGUUUGGAAAUCAGUUUUCUGAUAUACAAUAAAAAUGAGACUCGAUUUAGAGCUUUUCUUUCGAAAUUUUAAAUAAAAACUUGGCCUGCCAAGGGCUAGAAAACUGGAACAAACUGCAAAUUGAAAGUAGAAAGUUCAACGCUACCCAGCAAAUCAAAGGAAACUUACAGACAGACUCACAGGAGUUAUUUCAUUGAUUGUUAGUGAUGUCAUCAGUACCACCUCAAACGUUUGAUGUCAAUAAUGAUCUGAGGAAAACUUGCUGGGUGUGUUUCGCCACUGAGGAAGAUGACAGAGAUGCAGCAUGGGUACGACCGUGUCGGUGCCGCGGCACCACCAAAUGGGUGCACCAGCAAUGUCUUCAGCGCUGGAUAGAUGAGAAACAAAGAGGGAAUAGCACCACAAAAGUAUUAUGUCCACAGUGUAAUACGGAAUACCUGAUAACAUUUCCAAAAUUAGGUUCUGUUGUUUUGAUAAUGGACAUAUUUGACAGAAUUAUCUACAAGAUGUGUCCAUUUGUGGCUGGAGGUAUCUUCAUAGGCUCUGUAUAUUGGACAGCUGUCACCUAUGGUGCAGUUACAGUAAUGCAAGUGUUAGGUCACAAGGAAGGUCUAAAUGUGAUGGAAAAGGCUGACCCUUUGUUUCUCUUGAUUGGUCUGCCGACUAUACCUGUCAUGUUGAUUCUGGGUAAAAUGGUACGUUGGGAAGACUAUUUACUUCGUCUAUGGAGAAAGCAUUCGUCUAAAUUGCCUCUGCUGAGCUAUAUAUUUGGAGAAACCUCACCAUUAGGGCUCCGUAUCCCGGCUGACUAUGCUCCACUAUCUGAUCCGAUAUCUGCUACACGUGUACUCUGCGGUGCCCUAAUUUUGCCAACAAUCGCAACCAUUGUUGGAAAACUUAUGUUUGGCUCAGUCAACUCCAACUUCCAAAGAACAUUACUUGGUGGAAUCGGAUUCAUUACAAUAAAAGGUGCUCUAAAGAUCUACUUCAAACAACAACAGUAUAUCAGACAAGCACAGAGAAAAAUAUUAGACUUUGAUGAGGAGACCCAACCAUCAACCAGUAGUCCACAAGAAGCUUGAGUGAUAACAAGGAUGUGGUCAUAUGUAAACUGUAUAUAGGGUGUCUCAAAAAAACAUACCCAAAAUUGUAUCAACAGCAUAGACAAACCAAU